AUGGUUCAGCAAGAAAAGCUCUUGAGCUCCUCGCUCGGUGCUCGACCGCUAUCGUCUGAGGCGACCCGUAUCAGGCCAAAAGAGGGAGAUGAAGAUGACGAUGUGGUCUUCGCGAGCAAAUAUGGCCUGCGAACCAUUAUGCUCAACCGACAGAAGAAGCUCAACUCUCUCAAUUCUUCAAUGAUCCGAAAGAUCGUGCCUAGAUUGGUCGAAUGGGAAAAGUCAGAUCUCGCUAAUGUUGUUGUUUUGAAGGGUGCUGGUCCAAAGGCCCUUUGCGCCGGGGGUGACGUCGCCACACUUGCAGAACUCAACCAGGGAGGUGAGGAGGGAUGGAAGAAGUCGGCUGCAUACUUUGCUCUUGAAUACAAACUCGACCACUAUAUUGCGACAUACAAAAAACCCUACAUCGCUUUUAUGGAUGGCAUCACCAUGGGUGGUGGUGUUGGUCUGAGUGCUCACGCUCCUUUCAGAAUCGCAACCGAGAAAACCAUCUUCGCCAUGCCCGAAACAGGUAUCGGAUUUUUCCCCGACGUCGGUGCCUCUUUUUUCCUCCCUCGAAUGAACGGAUCCAUCGGAACCUAUCUUGCGCUGACCAGCGCCCAACUCCGAGGACCUAACGUCUUCUACGCCGGCAUCGCCACGCACUACCUUGACUCGACCAGCUUGCCAGAUCUUGAGGCACGCCUGGCUGAAUUACGGUUCCAGGACAGCGAUACUCUGCCUGAACGCCUGGCACUCAUUAACCAGACUCUUGAGGAAUUCUGCACAGGUCUUCCUCAUGACCAGCCCAUACAAUUAGCAGGUCAAAUUCGCCAGGCGAUCGAUCGAUGCUUCAACAGGCACACGAUCAGCGAAAUUAUUGCUGCCUUGGAAGCAGAGAAUGAUCCUUCUACUAAGGAGUGGGCGCAGCAGCAACUGAAGGCCCUGCACCAGAAAUCACCCACAGCCUUGCAUGUAGCUCUCCGCCAGAUGCGUAUUGGUGGCGAGUGGGAUAUCGCCGAAACUUUCAAGAGGGAACACCAGAUUGCUACCAAGUUCAUGCAGCAUCCCGAUUUUACUGAGGGCGUAUCGGCGUUGCUCAUCAGGAAGGAUGAAGCCAUGUGGGAUCCCAGGUCUCUUGCGGACAUCGGCGGCACCAACGUAGCCAAGCCCUUCUUCGAAUACGACUCGACCAAGGAGCUCGAGCUCUUCACCGACCGUACUUACAAGGAGCACCCUUACCAGGAGUUUGGUGUGCCUACAGAAAAGGAGAUUGAAAAGGUUCUUUCAAAGGGCACUUGCACUCGGGAAGAGCUAGCCAACAAGAUUGUAGCGUCGCGCAGCGGUCGCCAAGGCAUCUCUGAAAUUGUUGCGGAGAUCAUCGAUCGCAAGACCGUGGUGAACGACAAGGGCAAGGCUGUGUGGGUGAAGGAUGAGGUUGCGCCUGGAAGCAAACUGUAA